AUGUCUGAACGUAAGGUUCUUACGAAAUACUACCCUCCUGACUUUGACCCGUCAGCCAUUACGCGCACACCCAAGCAUUUGCGCGCCACAGGUCCGAAGCUUCUCACAGUCCGAUUAAUGGCUCCGUUUAGUCUCAAAUGCACCAACUGUGGAGAGUAUAUCUACAAAGGCCGGAAGUUCAACGCUCGAAAAGAGACCACCGAUGAACGGUAUCUGAAUAUUCCAAUAUAUCGCUUCUAUAUAAGAUGCACCCGAUGCUCGAGCGAGAUUACUUUUAAAACCGACCCCAAAAACAUGGAUUAUACGUGUGAGAGAGGCGCAAAACGGAACUUCGAGCCCUGGAGAGAUGCGGCUGCGAGCCAAGUCAAUGAAACCGAAGAAGAGACACUCGAUCGACUCGAGAGGGAAGAAAAUGAGGCAGAGGAGAGAGCAGAGAGAGAUAAGAUGAUGGAACUUGAAGAAAAGAUGUUGGACUCAAAACGAGAGAUGGCCGUCGCUGAUGCGUUGGAUGAGAUUCGAACGAGGAAUGCCAGAAUUGAGCGUGGAGAAAGGGGCGGGGAAGAAGCAGCCCUUCUACGAGCGAGACGGGAGGCAGAAGAUGCGCAAGCAAAAGCCGAUGCGGAGGAUGCUGAAAUCGCGCGAAAAGUCUUUAUGACUAAAGAUGGCGAGCGCGUGAAGCGAUUAGUUGAAGAGAGCGACACAGGAGACUCGCCCGUGCCGAAUUCUGCAGAGAUGCCGCCACCGUCAUUUGCGAGGGUAAAAAGGCCUAAAAAGCCGUUCUCAGCCGGUCUGGGAAUAAAAAAGAAAACUUCUUUAGUUUAA